GCGGCCCGGCCCGCGCGCUCUCCCGGCCGCCUUCCGCCGUCCUCGGCUGCGCCAUGGCCAGCCUGCGGCCGUCCGGCCCGGCUCCAAUGCGGCCACUGCUGCUGCUCUUGGUGGUGGCCGCGCACACCCUGCCCAUCGCCGGCGGGACGUGCCCGGAGCGCGCGCUGGAGCGGCGCGAGGAGGAGGCGAACGUGGUGCUCACCGGCACGGUGGAGGAGAUCCUCAACGUGGACCCGGUGCAGCACACGUACUCUUGCAAGGUUCGAGUCUGGCGGUACUUGAAGGGCAAAGAUGUGGUGUCCCAGGAGAGCCUUCUGGAUGGUGGCAACAAGGUCGUCAUUGGUGGCUUUGGAGACCCCCUCAUCUGUGACAACCAGGUGUCUACCGGGGACACCAGGAUCUUCUUUGUGAACCCAGCACCCCCCUACCUGUGGCCAGCCCAUAAGAAUGAGCUGAUGCUCAACUCUAGCCUCAUGCGGAUCACCCUUCGCAACCUGGAGGAGGUGGAGUUUUGUGUAGAAGACAAACCUGGGACCCACUUCACACCAGCACCUCCCAUGCCUCCUGACGUUUGCAGGGGAAUGCUGUGUGGCUUUGGCGCGGUCUGUGAGCCCAGUGCAGAGGACCCAGGCCGGGCCUCCUGCGUGUGCAAGAAGAGCGCCUGUCCUGCUGUCGUGGCGCCAGUGUGCGGCUCAGAUGCCUCCACCUACAGCAACGAGUGCGAGCUGCAGCGUGCACAGUGCCGCCUGCAGCGGCGAAUCCGCCUGCUCCGCCGCGGACCCUGUGGUUCCCGGGACCCGUGCUCCAACGUGACCUGCAGCUUCGGCAGCACCUGUGCCCCCUCCGCCGAUGGGCAGACCGCCUCCUGCCUGUGUCCCACGACCUGCCGCGGGGCCCCGGAGGGCACCGUGUGUGGCAGUGAUGGUAUGGACUACCCCGGUGAGUGCCAGCUGCUGCGCCGGGCAUGCGCACGCCAGGAGAACAUCUUUAGGAAGUUCGACGGCCCCUGUGACCCCUGCCAGGGAGCCCAGGCUGACCCGAGCCGCGUCUGCCGUGUGAACCCGCGCACUCGCCGUCCAGAGAUGCUCCUGCGCCCAGAGAGCUGCCCUCCCCGGCAWWUGCCUGUGUGUGGGGAUGAUGGGGUCACCUAUGCAAACGACUGCGUCAUGGGCCGCUCAGGGGCUGUCCGCGGUCUGCUCCUCCAGAAAGUGCGCUCUGGCCAGUGCCAGCCUCGAGACCAGUGCUCCGGGACCUGCCAGUUCAGUGCCGUUUGCCUGUCCCGCCGUGGCCGACCCCGCUGCUCCUGCGACCGUGUCACCUGUGAUGGGGCCUACAGACCGGUGUGUGCCCAGGAUGGGCACACGUAUGACAACGACUGUUGGCGCCAGCAGGCUGAGUGCCGGCAGCAGCGAGCCAUCCCUCCCAGGCACCAGGGCCCGUGUGACCAGGCUCCGUCCCCGUGCCGGGGGGUGCAGUGCGCAUUCGGGGCGACCUGCGCCGUGAAGAACGGGGAGGCUGCGUGCGAGUGCCAGCAAGUGUGUGCAGGCGCCUACGACCCCGUGUGCGGCAGUGACGGCGUCACCUAUGGCAGCACCUGCGAGCUGGAGGCCAUGGCCUGUGCCCUUGGGCGGGAUAUCCGGGUGGCCCGCAGAGGACCCUGUGACCGAUGCGGGCAGUGCCGUUUUGGAGCCCUGUGCGAGGCCGAGACCGGGCGCUGUGUGUGCCCCUCUGAGUGCGUGGCCUCAGCCCAACCCGUGUGCGGUUCUGAUGGGCACACGUAUGCCAGCGAGUGUGAGCUGCAUGUCCACGCCUGCACACACCAGAUAAGCCUGCAUGUGGCAUCAGCUGGACACUGUCAGACCUGUGGAGACACGGUGUGUGCCUUUGGGGCUGUGUGCUCAGCCGGGCAGUGUGUGUGUCCUCGUUGUGAGCGCCCCCCGCCUGGCCCCGUGUGUGGCAGCGACGGGGUCACCUACCGCAGUGCGUGUGAGCUACGGGAGGCUGCCUGCCGGCAGCAGAAACAGCUUGAGGAAGCCCGGGCAGGGCCCUGUGAGCAGGCUGAGUGUGGCUCAGGAGGCUCYGGCUCUGGGGAGGACAGCGAGUGUGAGCAGGAACUCUGCCGGCAGCGAGGCGGGGUGUGGGAUGAGGACUCRGAGGAUGGACCCUGCGUCUGCGAUUUCAGCUGCCAGGGUGUUCUCAGGAGCCCGGUGUGCGGCUCAGAUGGGGUCACCUAUGGCAGUGAGUGUGACCUGAAGAGGGCCAGGUGCGAGUCUCAAGGAGAGUUGUACGUCGCAGCUCAGGGACCCUGCCGUGGCCUCACCUUGGCCCCGCUGCUGCCUGCAGCCCCCGCUCACUGUGCCCAGACCCCCUACGGAUGCUGCCAGGAUAAUGUCACUGCUGCCCGGGGUGUGGGCCUGGCCGGUUGCCCCAGCACUUGCCAGUGCAACCCUCAUGGCUCCUACGGAGGCACCUGUGACCCAGCCACAGGCCAGUGCUCUUGCCGGCCAGGUGUGGGCGGCCUCAAGUGCGACCGAUGUGAACCUGGUUUCUGGAAUUUCCGUGGCAUCGUCACUGACGGCCGGAGCGGCUGUACUCCCUGCAGCUGUGACCCCCGGGGUGCUGUGCGGGAUGACUGUGAGCAGAUGACGGGGCUGUGCUCCUGUAAGCCAGGCGUYGCUGGUCCCAAGUGUGGGCAGUGUCCUGAGGGCCACACCCUGGGCCCCACCGGCUGUGAGGCAGACCCUUCAGCACUGGUGACCUGCGCGGAGAUGCGCUGUGAGUUUGGCGCUUCCUGCGUGGAAGAGGCAGGUUCUGCCCACUGCGUCUGCCCAGCCCUCACCUGCCCAGAGGCCAGUGCCACCAAGGUCUGUGGAUCAGAUGGCAUCACCUACGGCAGCGAGUGCCAGCUGAAGACCAUCGCCUGCCGCCAGGGCUUGGACAUCUUCACCCAGAGCCUCGGCCCGUGCCAGGUGGCUGUCGUUCCUGGCGCCCACCCGACCUCCAGGGCCACGACCCCGGGGCGCUUGCCGAGCGAGCCUCUGCUGCCUCCACCCAGUGCCCUCCCCCUGGCUCCCAGCAGUACCCCCCAGAGCCGGCCCGCCCCUCCACCCACCUCACGACCUCGGACCACAGCCAGCACCCCCAGGACCACAGCUCGRCCCGUGCUGACCAUGCCCCCCAUAGAGACCUCCACUGCAACCAGUCUGUCCGCCUCUGCCUUUGGAGAGUCUGGCAGCACUGAUGGGAGUGGCGAUGAGGAACUAAGUGGGGACCAGGAGGCCAGUGGGGGGGGUUCCGGGGGACUGGAACUCUCCAUGGACAGCAGCAUGGUGACACAGGGACUACCCAUGGAGAGAGCCUCCUGCUACAACUCACCUUUGGGCUGCUGUUCGGAUGGCCAGACACCUUCACGGGACGCAGAGGGCUCCAACUGUCCUGCCACCAAGGCGUACCAGGGCGUGCUGGAGCUGGAGGGGGUCGAGGGGCAAGAGCUGUUCUACACACCCGAGAUGGCCGACCCCAAGUCGGAGCUGUUUGGGGAGACGGCCCGGAGCAUCGAGAGCGCUCUGGACGACCUUUUCCGGAACUCAGACGUCAAAAAGGACUUCCGGAGUGUCCACCUGCGGGACCUGGGGCCUGGCCGAUCAGUCCGUGCCACUGUGGAUGUGCACUUUGACCCCACCACAGCCUUCAGAGCACCUGACGUGGGCYGGGCCCUGCUGCGGCAGAUCCAGGCCUCCAGGCGCCGGGCCCUGGCGGUGCGGAGGCCUCUGCAGGAGCACGUGCGGUUCGUGGACUUCGACUGGUUUCCUGCGUUCUUCAUGGGAGCCACCACAGGAGCCACCGCUGCAGUGGCCACGGCCAGAGCUACCACUGUGGGCCCACCACCUUCCUCCGUGACCCCUCGGGUCCCCCCCAGUCACACCAGCAGGCCCAUUGGAAGGACCACGGCCCCCCCACACACACGCCGGCCCCCCACCACAGCUCCCGGCCAUGUGGCUGGACACUGGCCUUUGCUCCCCAGUCCCAAGCAGCACCCAAGGUCCUGUGAUUCUCAGCCCUGCCUGCAUGGGGGGACCUGCCAGGACCAGGACUCUGGCAGGGGCUUCACCUGCAGCUGCCCGGCAGGCCGGGGAGGCACCUUCUGUGAGGACGUGCUGCGCCCCUCUGUCUCUGUUCCUGCCUUUGGGGGUGCCUCCUUUCUGGCCUUCCCCACCCUCCGUGCAUAUCACACGCUGCGCCUGGCGCUGGAAUUCCGAUCCCUGGAGCCUCAGGGACUGCUGCUGUACAACGGCAACGCCCGUGGCAAGGACUUCCUGGCACUGGCGCUGCUCGGUGGGCGCGUGCAGCUCAGGUUUGACACAGGUUCUGGACCAGCAAUACUGACCAGCUCAGUGCCUGUGGAACCAGGCCGGUGGCAUCGCCUGGAACUCUCACGGCAUUGGCGCCAAGGCACACUGUCAGUGGAUGGCGAGACCCCAGUUCUGGGCGAGAGCCCCAGUGGCACAGAUGGCCUCAACCUAGAUACCGACCUCUUUGUGGGCGGAGUCCCAGAGGACCAGGCUGACGUGGCCCGUGAGCGGACCUCCGUGGGCGUGGGCCUGAAGGGCUGCAUCCGCCUGCUGGAUGUCAACAAUCAGCGCCUGGAGCUGGGCCCCUGGCAGGGCGUGGUGUCCCGCAGCUCCGGGGUGGGAGAGUGUGGAGCGCACCCCUGCGUGCCCAGCCCCUGCCRUGGUGGGGCACCAUGCCAGGCCCUGGGAGACGACAUGUUUCACUGCCAGUGUCCACCUGGACGCUUUGGCCCAACCUGUGCGGAAGAGAAGAGCCCCUGCCAGCCGAACCCCUGCCACGGUGCAGCCCCCUGCCGCGUGCUACCCCAGGGCGGGGCCAGGUGCGAGUGCCCCGCGGGACGUAGAGGCACUCUCUGCCAGACAGUGUCUGAGAUGGAUGGUAGUGCCCAGCCCUUCCUGGCGGACUUCCAUGGCUUUUCCUACCUGGAGCUGAGAGGCUUGCACACCUUUGAGAGAGACCUGGGGGAGAAGAUGGCCCUCGAGGUGGUGUUCUUGGCCCGCGGACCCAGUGGUUUGCUCCUGUACAAUGGGCAAAAGACAGACGGCAAAGGGGACUUCGUGUCACUGGCCCUGCAGGACCAGCACCUGGAAUUCCGCUAUGACCUGGGCAAAGGGGCAGCAGUCAUCAGGAGCAAGGAACCCAUAGCCCUGGGCUCUUGGAUUAGGGUCUCGGUGGAGAGAAACGGCCGUAAGGGUGCCCUGCGUGUGGGUGAUGGGCCCCGCGUGCUGGGAGAGUCCCCGAAAUCCCGCAAGGUGCCGCAYACCAUGCUCAAUUUGAAGGAGCCGCUCUACAUCGGCGGUGCCCCCGACUUCAGCAAGCUGGCCCGGGCAGCUGCAGCAUCCUCUGGCUUCGACGGUGCCAUUCAGCUGGUCUCCUUGGGAGGCCGCCAGCUGUUGGCCCAGGAGCACGUGGUGCAGGCGGUGGACGUCUCAUCCUUUGCAGACCACCCUUGUACCCAGGCCUCCGGCCACCCCUGCCUCCAUGGCGCCUGGUGUCUCCCAAAGGAAGCCACCUACACAUGCCUGUGCCCCAUGGGCUUCUCGGGGCUGCACUGCGAGAAGGGGCUGGUUGAGAAGUCAGCAGGGGACCUCGAGGCACUGGCCUUCGAUGGGAGGACCUACAUCGAGUACCUCAACGCUGUGAUCGAGAGCGAACUGACCAAUGAGAUCCCAGUCCCCGAAACUCCGGAUUCUGGGGCCCUAAACAGCGAGAAAGCCCUGCAGACCAACCACUUUGAGCUCAGCUUGCGCACUGAAGCUACGCAGGGGCUGGUGCUGUGGAGUGGCAAGGCCACCGAGCGUGCGGACUACAUGGCGCUAGCCAUUGUGGAUGGACACCUUCAGCUGGCCUAUGACCUGGGCUCUCAGCCCGUGGUGCUGCGCUCCACCGUGAGGGUCAACACCAACCGCUGGUUGCGAGUCAGGGCUCACAGGGAGCAGAGAGAAGGUUCCCUUCAGGUGGGCAAUGAGGCCCCUGUGACUGGUUCCUCCCCACUGGGUGCCACACAGCUGGACACAGAUGGAACUCUUUGGCUCGGGGGCCUGCAGAAGCUGCCUGUGGGCCAGGCCCUGCCAAAGGCCUAUGGAACAGGUUUUGUGGGCUGCCUCCGGGAUGUGGUGGUAGGCCAGCGUCCACUGCACCUGCUGGAAGAUGCCCUCACCAAGCCAGAGCUGCGGCCCUGCCCAGCCUCCUAAACUGACGCCGGAGCACCUCCAUCUGCCCACCCUACUGUAAUUAUUUUCUAUUUUUGUAAACUGUUGCUUUUUGAUAUGAUUUUCUUGCCUGUGUGUUGGCCAGAGGGACUGCUGGCCUGUCCUCCCUUCCGUCCAGGCAGCUGUGCUGCAGAGACAGACUGGUAUCAAGAGGCUCCCAGGGGUGGUGUGGCAGCUUCAGGACGUGCCCCUUUGCCUCAGGGCACACACCAGCCCUUUGCACUGUGUGUCCCCUUGUGUCGGCCCCCACACCUCCCUCCUGUACCUGGUACUGGCAGACCCUGCUCCCGACCUCACCCUUGCUGCGUUUGGCGAAGCCUAUGGUCCCAGAGCAGGAGGGGGUUGCCAAGGCUUGAGGGGGCCGUUCCACUGACACCCCAUGGGACCUUUCUUGGUCCUGACUUAAGCUGCUGUUUCUUCCUUUGUGCUGUGGGUAGCCUUGCCCCAGGCUAGCCUGGACCCCAGGACUCCUGUGCCAAUACUGUGACUUAGAAAUGACGUGACCACUGAUGUCAUAUUCUGCCAUGGACCUGGUCCCCACACACACACUCCAGGCCCUGUGAGCAGCCCCUGAGAGGGAAUGGGCCACUGUGCAUGAUGUGGUUGACCUCUGUUGCCUGUGUCCUCCUCUAGAGUGAUGGAUGUCCAGGCCUGGCCACCCAACAUGUUCUUGGACCAUGGGUUUUAUUUGGUGCCCAAAGCAGAAGAGCUGUUAUCUUUCCUGUCCUGACUCCAGAGCAUUUAAGCAUCCUCAUCAGGGCCAGUAUGAGAAGUGAUUAUCUUUAUCUGAAAGUGACUGGGGUCUAGCCAGUGUCUGAACAAGACCAAAGUGUAGUGCAGGGGUGGCAGAGGUGGCCACAGAGUCAGAAAUGCCUUAAACUGCCACGUCUACCCCCCACUCCCUGCCUGGAUGCCCUUCCCAGUCCUCUUGGGAGUAAGACCAGACAACGGGGGUGGAGUUGGCAGCCUGGCCAUCCUCUGCUGGGGGUGGGGGGCUGCAGGAAACUGCCCUGAUGUAUCCUUACUAACUCCAGUAUGUGUCUUGUCAAGC